GAAGCGCAUUGUUCAAAAACCAAACGCAGUCGGGUAAAAUAACUCAGCUGAGGCUGUUAGUUAGUCACAGGUAGCCUGAUUUGAUACAGGUUUAACCCAGUUUCUCCAGUUUAAGUCUAGUACUCGAGUCCUGGCGAUUUAGUCAGUUAUUUCAAAACAUUUAGACACUGGAAACCAGGCGCUCGUCGCACUUCGGACUUUUGAGGUAAGCAUGGCACUGUCUUUGUCCUCCCCUUGUGGAUGCCCCUCUGAUGAGGAUGAGGAAAUGGCUGUGUUUGAGUCUACGGCAGCAGAACACGGAGGCCUGAGCAGACCACGUCUGCCUGAGAUCUCUGUCAUUUCCCCCGGCCUGGAUCCGCGCCCAACCACUGCAGAACCGAAACUAGCAGUGAAAUCUGGACUGGUGAGACAAGGAAGUGGUGAAGAAAAUACUGAGAGGGUGAAGGUUUAUCUGCGCAUCAGGCCACUUACUGAGACGGAGAGAGAGAGAGGAGAAGAACAGGGUUGUGUGGCUGUCCAAGAUGAGGGGACUCUGCUACUCAAAGCUCCAAAGGAGUCUCAGAACAUGAGGACUGCAGAGAGGGGCAUCACCCAGAGCAUGCACAAGUUCAGUUUCUCUAAGAUCUUUGGACCAGAGACCACACAGCAGCAGUUUUAUGAGAGCACCAUGAAGACAAUGGUGAAAGAUGUGCUUCAGGGAGAAAAUAGGCUCCUCUACACUUAUGGUGUCACCAAUUCUGGAAAGACAUACACAAUUCAGGGCAGUGGUCGAGAGACCGGCCUCCUGCCCCGAGCUUUAGCGUCCCUGUUCAGGAAACUUCAGGGUCGUCUCUACGGUGCCAUGGACCUGAAGCCUGUCAUGUAUCAGGAUGUGAGACAGCUUGAACCCGGUGAGGUCAGGGUGGAGGAAAUCCGCAGAAACUCUCUGCUCAAAGAGGAUGAGAAUUUGACCUCUCGCCGAGUUGGUACCACCACAAACGGGGACAGCGGCUUUGGAGGACUCUCCUCAACGAGUAACAUUGCCAGCCAGCUGGAAGACACUGACAGUGUUUGUCUGGAGCCGGACAGCCUUUCUCACAGUGGAGGGGAUGACCUGGAGGAAGGGGUGCAGUUCUCUAUCUGGGUGUCCUUUUAUGAGAUCUACAAUGAGUUCCUGUAUGAUCUGCUGGAUGCUUCACCCUCCCUGCAGCCCAGAAAAAGAGUCACGCUGCGGCUUAGUGACGACAAGCAGGGCAACCCCUAUGUGAAAGACCUCACCUGGAUCCAAGUCCGCAGUGCAGAAGAAGCAUGGAAGAUUCUGAGGGCCGGACGUCGUAACCAGAGCUUCGCCAGCACCCACCUCAACCAAAACUCCAGCCGCAGCCACAGCAUCUUCUCCAUCCGUGUCCUGCACAUUCGCCCUGAGGCAGAUUCAGGCCAGGCCAUGCACAUCAGCGAACUGACUGUGUGUGAUCUGGCUGGGUCUGAACGCUGUAAAGAGCAGCGUAAUGGUGAGAGGAUGAAGGAGGCCAACAACAUCAACACCUCCCUUUUAACGCUGGGUCGCUGUAUCGCUGCUCUGAGGCACAACCAGAACAACAAAUCACGACCCCCUCAAGUGGUGCCCUUCAGGGACAGUAAACUGACCCGGGUGCUGCAGGGUUUUUUCUGUGGCCGGGGAACCUCCAGCAUGGUGGUCAACAUCAAUCCAUGUGCCUCCAUCUAUGAUGAGACCCUCCAAGCCCUCAAAUUCUCUGCUAUUGCUACCCAACUGGUCCAUGGCCCAUCCACAAAGACCAGAGUGGCCUACAUCCUGUCUCUACUGCGCGAGCCCACAGGAAAUGGUAAUGAAGGGACGGUGCUGGAAGAGGAGGAGGAUGAGAGUGAUGUUGAAGAUGGAGAUAUCACCAUGUUAAAUACUGAGGCUUUGCUGCAGGCCAUUGACGUUCUGAAGAGGGAGGUGCAGCGCCAGCGGGAGGAAAAAGAGAUUCUUGAGGCAAACGUGAGAGAGCAGGUGGUCUCUGAAAUGAUGGAGGUCAUCACUGGCAUGCAAGAUGGUUUCAGUGAGACCUUGGAGGCAGAAAGGGCUUUAAUCGAAGAGCGGUACGAGGACAAGAUAACCAACCUGCAGAAACAUUUGAAGAAAUUCUACAGCCAGGAGCUGAAGGAGCGUGAUCAAGAGAUUGAAGCUCUGUCCGCUGCCCUUGAGAAAAACAAAGAAGCUGGAUCAGGCCCCACGUCGGAGCCACAGGGAGACGCCCCUCGACGUUCUCAGCGCCUCACCGCCCAGACAGAACUCUGCAAACUGCGCGCUGAGCUUGACCAAUGCCGCGCUGAGCUCCUCACCAAGACACAAGAGCUGAUAAAGCUGAAGAUGCAGCUGGAAGUGCCAGGUUCAACAGGCACUCUCACCGGUGCUGCUGACCGUAAGCUCGAGGAAGGCCAGCGGAACCUGCGACAACUGCGUCUGGAUUUGCAGAGGCUGGGGUUGGACCUUCAGUCCGGCGAACGAGCCUGCUGUCGCAACACAGGAGGGGAACGGCUGCGGCAGGCAUUAAACGCAGCAGAUGAGACACUUGUAAAACAGGACCAGAUCCUGGUGGAGCUCCAGAACGGCCUGAUACUUGUCAAGGCUGACUUAAGGCGGAAAGCAGACACCCUGGCUCAGACACAGGCCACCCGGCCCCAGCUGCCCCCAUCCGGCUUUUCUGCCCCCACCACACCAGGUUCCUGUAAGAAGAGGGGCUGCGGGGCUGCCGCAUCAUGCGAUGCUGAAAACAGGCCUCCUCAGAAACGCCCCUUUUUCCAGUCUCUGUUCCCGACACGCACUCCAACACGUAAAUACAACACUUGUCCUGUUGAAGAACCAAACGUCACCCCCUACUCACGGAUCUUGCGGUCUCGCCAGAGGUCUCCACCUCCCAGCCCUGUCACCACCCCCCGUACUCUGAGGGGGAAGUACUGAAUUAGUUAAAGCCUCAAAGGAAGUGUGUCCUUUUCAAUAUUAUGCAAAAACAAAGUCAUACUUGCUGGUAACUUUAUAGUAUUUUUAUAUUUUUUUAUAUGCAUGUUCACUUUUUGCAGUGCGGUUAACUCUUGUUAUGCCAAAUACAGUUAUGUUCAUGCCAGUAAAACAGUUAAUGCUUUAAAUGAGGUUGCAGUAUAUUACUAAGGUAAUUAAAGUUCUCUUGAGCAGUAAAGCUGCUCAGUGUGAUAGUUAAGGGCUGCAUGGUAAUAGUGCAUGUGUGUGUAUUUAACCCUCUCUGCCUCUGCAAGUCCUUCACAAGCCUUUGCUGUAAAUACUUUUUUCUCUCAAUAAAACCUAUGAAAGCA